CAACUGUACAUAUAUACUACACCACUUAUGACCCAUUUAUGUACAAGUACACCGCUGUAUAACCGCAUACCACAAGGUACUCGAAUGUACUCGGCCACUCCAUCCUUUUACGUGGAGCAACCGGAGUAGCCAAACAGCCAAACACCCUCUCGGCGCGAAAGACUUGCGGUUCACUCACCGUCCUUUGACCUCACAGCCACAAAAACCCUGAAACGCCCUCGAACUUAUUCCUCUUCUACUGCAACCUCCCAGUCCGAUACACUCAUUUCCAGUUUUGCACAACACAGGACAUUCGGAAACACACUUGGCCCAAACAAUUUCGGGCCUUAAGAGAGCAUCUAAUCCGGAUCCGGUUCCUAUCGUUGGUGGCAUCUCCUGCACUUGGCGCUGAAAGAGCAUUCCAACGGGGAUCCUGCAAAUCUGCGUUCGCGAACUGGUAGUAAAAUUACUACCUGUGCUUGCAUGUAAUAAUCAGUUAGGCGGUUGGGCUGCGAUAUUCCCCCAAGUUUGAGGACUGCGCUGGAAGGACUGCACCGGCAAGGUGUCGUGCCACAACCGACGACCUUUUACAAAGUGAAACGCUCAUCGACAUCGCGAUACGGUUAUCAGACGGGAUUCACCAGUUGUUACAGCCUAUCAGUUAUCACUCACCAUCACUAUCGAUAUCGCACGUACCAGCCAAGAUGAAGCGACGAGCUAUCGACGAACUCGUUUACGAGCACAUGUUCCCUCACCCAAAGCCGACAGAUCCUCAGAAUUGGGCCAAAUUUCUGGAACGACACCUCCUCACCGAGGUACGACAAGAAACGGCUUGCUUCUAUGGCUCCCUUGACACCCGAGAAGCCCAGUAUCCCGGCCUCGACUACUCAUAUCCACCCCAUCGAAUGCGCCUUUCCCGCUUCACAUGGCACAGGCGGCUCUUCCGGGCUUUCGAUACUCUCAAACUGACGGAAUCGGAGAUUGCUGGGUUAACACACUGGGAAGGGACGAGAUGGGCAAAGGAGCGGUUCGAGAAGGAGCAGAAUAUCAAGAUUAGGGACACAACGGGCGAUUGCAUUCAAGAUUGGGUUGACCCAACCGAUACUCGCCCUGAGAUGUCGUCACUGCCGGAGCGAGAAGCCGUAUUCUACGAGUUUGACGAGGCCGAGGAGAACGAAGGCUCAGAUGACCCGGACCAGAUGGACGAGGAUGGUGAGGAGAGCGAUGCUGAGGUUGAAAGCGUAGGCGUGGAGCUUAAUCGGCGUCUACGAGCAGGAUUCAGCGACGAGGAAUACGAGCAGUGGCUGAAGGAGGCAGCGGAAGCGGGGGGAGUAUCCGUAUUGCCUGGCCAAAGCCUUCCCUUGAGCAACGUGGCACCCAGCCAGGCGUCGGUAUAUACAAGAUUGCCCCCGAGUAUCAUCAAUGCUAUACUGCAAGGCAAUGGGCUUCGAAACGGCUCUGUAUCUUCCACCCCUCGCCAAGAGGCCUCUACAUCAGCGGCCAGCGCGGACAGAAUCAGUAGCCCAAGUGCUACAUCGCCUGUUGGAAAUGGGUCUGCGCAGGUCCUAAACUCGAUGCGUUCUCUUCCACGUAUGAGUCUGACUGGUUCACGUCCCACACAUUCCACGACAAACCGGGCUCCAGGUGAUCGAGUCUUUGGCCAGAGUUCGUCGCGGCCACCAAAUUCAUUUCAGCGUUGAGGUUGUCAGAGAGUUCAGUGAUUGGCGUCAUAUUGUGGGUUUGCACCGGCGGUUUAAAUAUGGAGUUGGGCGUUGCUUUGAUUGCAUGGAAAUGCUCAGAACUAGCGUUUUACGUGCACUUGCACUAUGGCAUUUCAUUUUUCGUUGCAACAGUUUGCUGGUCAAUAAUGUUGAGCAGCGCACUAUAUAAAUGGGUUAUGGGUUAGGCGUCCGCCAGAAUAGAUGGUUAUUGAGGGCUACAAAGUUUAGCUACAGCGCAAUGAUAUUUAAAUAAUAGAUUUUACCACUGACUUCCCGGGUUUAUACGUGAGGUUUGCACAGGAGCGUUACUCUAUACAACAAACGACCUGUUCAGUAAUGGGGAACAAGACAGCCACAGGUAUUCAACCCACUUUGCCUACUGUAGAGCACAACACUUGCGGCGAUCGGGCUGCUUUGCCCUCCAUGCCUCGACGUCAGCUAUGAAUUUGACGUGCUCAGUGGAUUUCGCAAUGUCAAGAGCGGGGGUUGGAUCCGCGCCUCGAUCCAGCAGAAACCAGGCCAGCUCGCGCGUGUCUGUGUCCAACCCAUAGGAUUUAGCAAUAUAACAGAUCGGUGUUCCCCAAAAACCACCCAGCUCUCUUCCCGG